UCGAGAGGAUUUUCAAGUGAACUGUUUUACGCUGUUCGUAUUAAUUCCAUUGAAAUCUGAAGAAAGAAGAAUCAUGAAGACAGAAGAGGAGGAGAUUUUCUUUGAAGAUGUUCACUGAAGAUGCGACAAAGCGUGCAAACUGAUCGUUCACGUUGUGCUUUAUUCGUCGAGUAAUUUCGAGUAAUCGAGAGGAUUGUACAAAAUGUUCAUUAACGAGACGAUGCUGAUUCUCGCGUUCACCGCGAACAUGAUGGCGACGUUACCUGAGAGAACGGGCUCUCAGGCUUUGAACAAUAGCGUAGAGAAGAGCAACGUGUCGACGACCACGUUGUCGCCGGAGGAAGAGGAGAAUCAGUUUGAUUUCGAGGAUCAAUGGUACAUGUGGCGAUGCUUCGAUCCUUAUGGUUGUUUCUACAUCGGUUCACCGUGGUCCGGAGAGAACAGACCAGUGUCCACGUUUCCAGAUCGUCCAGACAGCAUAAAUCCUCGCUACAUUUUCUUCAAUCGCGACGUCCUGACGCGGAAACCGUCAGAGUUGAAAAUCGACAAGUUUGAAACUAUUCACGAAGCACCGUUCAGGAAGAAGAGUCAACUUUAUCUCAUUAUCCACGGAUUCCUCGACAAUGGUGAUAACUCGUGGGUCUUGAGAACAAAGCAGGAAUUGUUGAUAAGAGAAGAUUGUAACGUGGUGAUCGUGAAUUGGAUCGGUGGAGCAGGUCCACCGUACACUCAGGCUGUGGCAAAUACAAGAUUAGUUGGCGCGAUGACAGCUCGUUUAACUUAUCAGUUAAUUAAGGUUGGAGGAAUAGAUCCAGCGAAGAUUCACUGCAUAGGACACAGCCUUGGUGCACACACAUGUGGCUACGUUGGUUACACACUCAGACAGAAGUAUCAGUACAAUCUUGGAAGAAUCACCGGUGACCCAAGGAAGAGUCAUUUUNNNAACACGUCUACCAUGGUUCGUCUCGAUCCAACGGAUGCCACGUUCGUCACGGCGAUUCACACCGAUUGCAAUCCUUUUAUCAGCGGCGGCCUCGGUAUCACUCAACCCGUUGCGCAUAUCGAUUUCUAUCCAAACGGCGGCCGCAAUCAGCCUGGCUGCAACGAGGGUGUUCUAAAUUUCAUUACCUUGGAACGAGGCAGCUUCUUUCACGGAAUAAAAAGGUUCCUCGGCUGCAAUCAUAUACGCAGUUACGAAUACUUUCUGGAAAGUAUCAACACGAAGUGUCCAUUUUUGGCGGUUCCUUGCUCCUCUUGGGACAAGUUUCAAGAGGGUAGCUGCUUCGAUUGCGUGAACCAAUACUGUCCAAGGUUCGGACUGGAUGCUCAACCUGGAAAUUACCACGCUGCCGUUUAUCUGAUAACGGGGUCGGGCAAGCCAUUUUGCAAAGGCCACUACAAGGUGACCAUCAACAUCUCGAAAACGAACGAGAGCCUGGACCACGGUGGCGAGGUUGGCACGUUCGUGAUCAAAGUGUUGGGCAAAGACGAGAAAGAGACAGAGAAGAUGCCUCUCAGUCUUCAUUCCAAGUACUACGAACCAGGUAGUACGCAUACGGUGAUAUUAGCAGGCGACGUGGUGGGCAAACCGGAAGCAGUCGAAAUCUCGUGGGAAUAUCGAGCCUCCGUUUUCAAUCCGCUCACGUGGAGGCUCUUGCACACGCCGCGCGUUUACAUCGACUCGUUGAGAGUGGACAGUUUGGAGGCCUCUCAUGGCAUAACCGUGUGCCCGGACGCAACCAAGACUUUAAGCGCCAACGAGCCGAAGAUUUUAACGACGUUCAACUGUCAGAGCUCUAACAAGAAAUCCCUCGUGAAAACCAUCAUGAAAAAAGGUCUUUCAGCGUGAAAUUUGCACCGACGAAAUUACCAGAAAAUUACCAUUUCACACAACUCAUUAACAAGAACCAAAAAAAAAAAAAGGAAAAAGAAUCAAAAUCUCGAAUUUAUUUAAGCGCCGAUUAGUUUCGUAAGAAUUAUCGUAGAGUUAAAUAAUUGUUAAUUUAAAUAUCUAGUUUUAUAUCGUUACGAAGAUAGUUUAACACAUUGAGCGCCGGCGACCUAAGAGACAUUUAAAGCCUGAGCGCCGGCAACGUAUCGGCCACUUAAAGCCCAAACGCCGGCCUCAUUCGCUUGUUUCUGAUC